AUGUACUGCAAGUACAUGGUGCACACCAGCAGCUGUGAGCUGUCCUCUGUGGAAAACUGUCAAAAGGUAUCGGAAGCAUUUGCACAAGUAAGAGUACGAAUGCUAAUUUAUGGUGGGCCAUAUGGAGGCAGCCACAACAUUGUUGCUGCUCAACAGAUGGACAAUAAUCUGGGCCAUGAUUACCAUCAGAGGCAGUGGCUUUAUUGCGACACCCCCAGCAGCUCCAUUGUUGCCCUUUGUAUCAUUCAGCUCAAAUCUGUCAUGCCCAGCUCUCCUGGGCUCAAAAUAUCACAGAACAAAAGCCCCUUCAGGCCAGAGAUCCGGAUUGAGCUACAGGGCGCUGUCGGGAAACUUCGGCCUCGGCUGCCGCUGGGCGAGAUCUACUCUUGCCAGCAACCAGACUCCACAUUGGAGACUUGUAAAGCACUUUGGAGUCCUCUGGCUCUGAAAGGCACUAUACAAGUGUGGGUCAUUUAUCAUUGCCAUUUAACCCUGUCCUGUUUUUAUUUGUGUGUGUGUGUCUUCCAUUUAUUUUCAGUAUGUGCUGGAACUGAGAACAAGCUGAGCACCCUGUCGGACCUGGAGCAGCAGUAUCGCACCUUGAGGAAAUACUAUGAGAACUGUGAAGUCGUAAUGGGCAACCUUGAGAUCACAAGCAUCGACCGCAGUCGGAACCUCACCUUCCUCAGAUCCAUCCGGGAAGUGACAGGCUAUGUGUUGGUGGCUCUGAACCAGUUUGACUACCUGCCUUUGGAGAAUCUGAGGAUCAUUCGAGGAACCAAGCUGUACGAGGGUCGCUACUCCCUUGCAAUCUUCCUCAAUUACAGGCGAGAUGGAAACUUUGGCCUGCGGCAGUUGGGUCUGAAAAACCUUACGGGUAAGUGAUCAAAAUGUUUUUGUUCAGGUUCAUUUGCCUUUGGUGUGUCUGUCUGUGGGGAUUUUUUCAUCUAGUGUUUUUAUCUCAUGUUGAUGCACUUUGCCUAGAGUGAGAAGAGCCGUCAGCUUGUUCAGGUUUGUGUGGAAUGCUACUUUUGUAUUUCAAAGAUGAGACAAAAGUGGUUAAUGGCUUUAUUCCUCAGUGUGAGGCUUUGUGAAAAAAUCUGAGCGCCAUUUCAGAGUGCGUCUGUUUGUUGUCUCAGGGGUAAUGUUCAUAAUGCGACUGAAAUUAUUUGUCUUUAGUUACACUCCAACAAAACAUUGUCACAUAACUGAAUGUUGUUUAAAAGCAUUAUUAUCUGUUUAGCCCUAUCAGCCGACAUAACUUCAUCUAAGAGAAUAUACCCUAAUUAAAUCCUCUUUACAAAAAUAUUAGGAGUAUUCACAUUGAAUAUAUUUAAACAUUCAAAGCCCACCUACUGGUUAGUAUGUAUCUGCUUAUUGGUUUACUUUGCUGUUCAUACAAAAUGGCUAAAUAUCUCUUUCUCUCUCCUUUUUUUAUUUAACAAUUUCCAAAUUUAUCAUUGACUUUCUUAGACUAAAGUAUGUACCACUGGCUCACAACGCUUAAUCUCCACACAUCAAAAGGUUUCUCCUUGCACAUCACCUGAUUCAUGCCUCCUUCUUACAGCAAGCCGAAAAGAUGGCAAAUGUGAUUGUUGAUGAAAUAGUGUAGCACGUUUGAAAGCAUCACGUGGGCAGCUCUGUCGCUCUGUGAACAAUGGAUUGUGCUGCUUCUCAUUCUUUCUUCUGGAGCCCUGAUCUUAAGGUCGGUGUAAAAUGAAGUUGUUGACUUGUAAACAAGGUGAAGAGCUGUUACACAACAGGGCUAAGUGCAGAGAGCCAGAGGAGGCUUACGUCGUGUUCCAGAUCAAAGGUGCUAUAUACUUAUUGCAAGGCGAAAGUCUAUCUCAUGACUUUGAAGAGUAGAUUUAUAAGGAAGGAAAGGUUUGACUGGCAGCUUGUAGCGUCAUGAAUCCUCGGCAGUGGUUUGUACUAAAUGACGAAAGCUAAGAAAUAAAAUGUUUAAAUAAAGAUUAAUUUGAAUUAUGUAACUCCUUCAUUACACCAGACGCAUGAGUGGGUAGAGGUGGUGGUAGCACUUUACAAUAAGGGUCCCUUUAUUGAUGUUACUUACUGCAUUAUUAGGCAUUAAUCAGCAAAGUUUUCCAUUAUUAACAUUGCUGAUAUUGUGAACUGUUAAGUGUCCUUAAGGUUAGGACAAAAGGCCAGGGGUGAGGCUGCUUAGUAAUGCUUUACUUAAUAAGAUUAAUAUUAAGCAGCUGCUAAUACUUUAUUUGAUAGUUUAUUAUUGCUUAAUAAUGUACUAAGUAACGUUAAUAAAGGGACCCUGAUUGUAAAGUCUUACAUAAGGCAUCGUACUGAUCAGUUUCUUUCCAAUCGGCAACUUUUUGGACGCAAAAAGGGAGUGAAAGUGUUUCACACAUCUUGUCCCAUCAGGUCAAAAAAAUCUGUGAGAAUUGUAUCAUCACAUAUAUGUUUGGAAGUUCACACAAUAACCUAGCGUGGCCUGUAAGACUCGUCCUCUGCGUAAUUCUGCACAGAGAAAGAGUCUGGUAACUCACAAGCAGAGCGGCACAUGAGGGGCGGGACUAGGCAGCUCAAAAAUGACAAAUCAGAAAAAAAGACUGAAAUGCCGACUGUACCGCGCGACGCUGUAGGUUUUUAGCUGUAGUAAAAAAAGGCAUCUGGCAACAGCGCAAACAUCUUUUUUUUUAGAAGAAAGCCUUUUAGCGCUUCUACUUGUUAUGGUUUUAAAGACAUUCAAGUCAUUUAGAACAGAGGAAAGAUCCACAGCGAACUCCACUUCAGUCGCCAUGGUCGACAAGCUCGGCGUUAUGGUGUGUGACGUACGAUACUCAGCGCUGAUUGGCUCGGUUAGAAUUCUCACGGGGUGGGGUUAUUUGAAUAGGAGAGUUCCCAGACCCUUUCUCUUAAGUAAAUUAAACAGAGGAGGAGCCUGGCAGGCCAGGCUAACGACAACGAGCAAGGGGAAAGAUGACUGCAUAUAUCAAAAAUGUCUGUGGUUUAUUUACUGUUCUUUUUUUCUCAUAUUAGGAGGUUUCACAGAAAAGUAUGUAUGUUUUUCACUAUGUAAGCAACUGGAAAUCUAUACUUGACUUUUAUUUUGAAAGUUUCCAGAUGUUUUACACAGCUUUCUUAUUUGACCUCCUGUCUGGCAUGCACAAAAUUGUGGAAUUUGACGUAUUCUGGAAGAGUAGCAUCGUAAAAAAUAGACUUGAAACUAGAGAUGUCCCGAUCAGGUCUUUUUGCCCUCGAGUCCGAGUCUGAGUCGUUUGGUUUUGAGAAUCUGCGGAUACCGAGUACCAAUCUGAUACUUUGGAUACCUAAAAAAAAAAAAAGAAAGAAAGAAAAGGAAGAACCAGUUCCAGAAAUGUCCUUACUUUUUAUUUAAUUACCUUUUUAUUUUUAUUUUUAACAACAGAUCACUUCUGUGAGGUUAGCUUGAACAAUCAAGUAAUAAAUAACAUAAAUUAUUCACUUUUGGCCUUUAUUGCAAAUAUAAAGUCUAAUAUAAAAGCAGAUAGCACUUCAACUUAAAAUACCUGACAGGGGUCUAUUUUGCCUCGGCCCCCAAAAUGCUUAGAUACGCCCCUGGGCAUGGGACGGAGUUUUGAAGAUGAUCUGAAUUGUAUCAACUAUAUAAAUACUACAUGCUGAUAAAUUAUUGCUUUAUACAGGUACAAACGUGUAGUGGGAUCAAUCUACCUAGAUUUUAUUUUUUUAAGAACUUUGUUUUGUUUUCUUGGUUUUUAUUUUCCUAUCUUCCUGUCCUGUCUGUCUCUGAUCUUCCUGCAUCUCCCAGUCCUCCAGAAAAACUCCUGCCUGCUCCCUACUUUUUCACCUCACAAGUAACUUUUUAACUAGCAGAUCAAGUUGAUCUAUUGACCGCAAUAAAAGCGGUGUGCACCACGCUGCCUGGCUGCGCCAGUGACGAGCGCUGCAGCGUGAGCACGUCCACACGUCAUGCUCAAGUACAGACAGAACUUACAGCUAGAACAUACCAGCGAGAAAAUGAUCGGACACGAACGACUGUGUGUUAAUUAUAUAUAUUUUUGGUGACGCCACUUAGAAACGUAGAAAAUGUUACUGUGGCCGUGUGCAGAACGUAGCUGGAGUUCAUGAAUAAUCAGCUGUCUGCCUGCCGCUCUCUGCAUCUCUGCUCAAAAGAAUCCCCACUACUCUGAGUCCAUAUAAUAUAUAUAAUAUGGGUAGAAAGUGGAUCUUUUUUGUGCUCCUUCUGGGUGUGUAAGUUAAGGCCAUCAGGGGAGCCUGUCAACCUUUAAGGAAAACCAAGUUGCUCUCCUGUAAUUUGAACCCAGUAUCCAGUCCGGAUCGGGGCUUGGAUCGGGAAGUAAAUCCCGAGUCCCGAUCGAGUCGGAUUGGGACGUCCCUACUUGAAACGUAAAUGUGUCUCUCUUUCUCUGCAUUUUUUUGGUAACAAUUGCCUAUUUUUGCUUAUUUUAAUCAUCUUUUUAAUCAUUUUUUAAAGUUCUUUUUUUAUAUUUUAAAUAUUUUGUUUUUGUGAAGUGCCUCGUGACUUAUCUUGAGAGGCGCUAUAGAAAAUAUCAUGUUCUUUCUUUCGUUCUAUGCUUCUGGGACCCUAAACCGUGACACUUAACAGCCAGUGGAAAGGAACCUGUCCACCAAUGGUGGAUAAUUGCAGCAAAGUACGUUUUGUCGCCUUUUUGCAACACUUUCGUAUCUGGUGGAAAGGAGGGGUAAGAGACAAAGAAAAGGAUCUUUUAUAUAGCGCCUCUCAAGAUAAAACUUACAAAGCACUUCACAAAAACAAACAAGCAAGAUAUAAAAAAGAUUUCAAAAAAGGAAUACAUUUUUGUUUAAAAUGAGAAAUAAAUGAAAAAUUGUGAUUAAAAAAUGUGAGGAAAGGGAGAGAGAAAAUGAAUAUGAAAGAGGGAAAGCAGUGGAUCCUGGGAAAGGUGGAAUACGUAGGAAGAGCAGAAUAAAGAAAUGGUGGUGACAAAGGUCGCACAAAAGCCAUCUUGAACAGGUGAGUUUUCAGCUGCUUUUUAAAAGAGACAACUGAGUCCUAUGAUCUGAGGCUCAGGGGGAGAGAGUUCCAGAGUCUGGGGGCCACAGCUGUCACUUAGGGUUGGGCAUCAAGCAUCGAUUGGAACUAGUUCCAACUGUUAGUUUUUCCCGGAAUCGUUCAAAGUUUUUUAUUUCGAUUCCUAGUUUUGAUUCCUAGAAUGCCGUCCGGAAGAGGAAUCCGCGGUCGAUCUCCGUGAAAAAUAAAUGUAAUCUGUAAAUUGUGAGCAACGUUUUUCAGAGCUGAUCACACCAGCUGUCUGUGUGCAGCACUGAGUCCCCCCUCCCCCCACCUGGCCCACAGCGGCCAAAUAUGUAAAGUUUAACUCCUGCAGCAUAGAGGAAACUUGUUAAAAUACAUUAACACGGUGGAUUUAAUAGAAGCUUUAAAGAACAAACUCUGGAUGGUGCGAGGCGAGUUUGUCUCACUGCAGAAAUAAAAACACACACGGAGCGUCAGCAGUCAGACGCAGCCAGCUACAUUUAAGUUUCACUUUCUGUUCUGACUGAAUGCUGCUGCAGCAUGGAGGUGUAGUUCUCAGUCAUCCUGGACAUGAUCAUCCUGAGAGUUUUAGCUGAAAACAGCGGGACGUUUCUGGAUAUGUUGGAGACAUUUAGCCUCUCAUCCCAGAGGCUGCUUCCUGACUUUGGUUGUGGUCAGAAACAAACACACUGGUUGUGCUGCAAGUCUUUUUCUUUUUGUCUCCAAAACACGUUUUUGUCUAAAUGAAGGCGAUGUUAUUGUUCAUAGAAUUAAAAUUCAUGCUGAAGUUAAGAUUAUUUCAUCAAGUAGGACCCGUGGUUAGCUGGUUCAUAUAAAACAUGUCAUGUCUUGAAAGAAUCGGAAUCACCCAGCUAACAAAAAUUUGUUGUAAGAACGUUAUGGGAAUGUUUAUUUUGAAUGUUGUAAAAACGUAGAAAUGUCCAGUUUUUUUAAUGUUACUGGAACGGUUGUGUUAACGUUACAAAAACAUUGCUGGAAUGUUUGCUUAAAGUUGUUUGAAUGUUAUUUUACGGUUAGCAUGACAUUAACAGAACGUUAUGGGAAUGUUUACUUUAAAUGUUGUAAAAACGUAGAAAUGUCCAGUUUUUUUAACGUUACUGGAAUGGUGUGUUAACGUUACAAAAACAUUGCUGGAAUGUUUGCUUAAAGUUGUUUGAAUGUUAUUUUACGGUUAGCAUGACAUUAACAGAACGUUAUGGGAAUGUUUACUUUAAAUGUUGUAAAAACGUAGAAAUGUCCAGUUUUUUUAACGUUACUGGAAUGGUGUGUUAACGUUACAAAAACAUUGCUGGAAUGUUUGCUUAAAGUUGUUUGAAUGUUAUUUUACGGUUAGCAUGACGUUAACAGAACGUUAUGGGAAUGUUUAUUUUGAAUGUUGUAAAAACGUAGAAAUGUCCAGUUUUUUUAAUGUUACUGGAACGGUGUGUUAACGUUACAAAAACAUUGCUGGAAUGUUUGCUUAAAGUUGUUUGAAUGUUAUUUUACGGUUAGCAUGACAUUAACAGAACGUUAUGGGAAUGUUUACUUUAAAUGUUGUAAAAACGUAGAAAUGUCCAGUUUUUUUAACGUUACUGGAAUGGUGUGUUAACGUUACAAAAACAUUGCUGGAAUGUUUGCUUAAAGUUGUUUGAAUGUUAUUUUACGGUUAGCAUGACAUUAACAGAACGUUUACUUUGAAUGUUGUAAAAACGUAGAAAUGUCCAGUUUUUUUAACGUUACUGGAAUGGUGUGUUAACGUUACAAAAACAUUGCUGGAAUGUUUGCUUAAAGUUGUUUGAAUGUUAUUUUACGGUUAGCAUGACGUUAACAGAACGUUAUGGGAAUGUUUACUUUGAAUGUUUUAAAAACGUAGAAAUGUCCAGUUUUUUUAACGUUACUGGAAGGUGUGUUAACGUUACAAAAACAUUGCUGGAAUGUUUGCUUAAAGUUGUUUGAAUGUUAUUUUACGGUUAGCAUGACGUUAACAGAACGUUAUGAGAAUGUUUACUUUGAAUGUUUUAAAAACGUAGAAAUGUCCAGUUUUUUUAACGUUACUGGAAUGGUGUGUUAACGUUACAAAAACAUUGCUGGAAUGUUUGCUUAAAGUUGUUUGAACGUUAUUUUACGGUUAGCAUGAUGUUAACAGAACGUUAUGGGAAUGUUUACUUUGAAUGUUGUAAAAACGUAGAAAUGUCCAGUUUUUUUAAUGUUACUGGAAUGGUGUGUUAACGUUACAAAAACAUUGCUGGAAUGUUUGCUUAAAGUUGUUUGAAUGUUAUUUUACGGUUAGCGUGAUGUUAACAGAACAUUAGCAUAACAUUACUGGAACGGUUACUGAAACGUUAUUUGAUUAUUAGCAUAACGUUCCCGGAAUAUUUUCAUAACAUGGCUGCAAUACUGCUACAAUGUUACCGGAACAUUUUGUUAAUGUUUGGAAAAACAUUGUUGCAGCAUUAGCAAAACAUUGCUAAAACGUUAGCCUGACAUUACCAGAACGUUAUCUAAAGGCUAGAAAAAUGUUUCUGCAACGUUAUCUUAAGGUUAGCAAAACAUUGCUGGAAUAUCAGCAUAAUGUUUCUGGAACGUUAUCUUAAGGUUAGCAUAACAUUGCUGGAACAUUGGCAUAAUGUUUCUGGAAUGUUAGGGUUAGGGUUAGCAAAACAUUGCUGGAACAUCAGCAUAAUGUAUCUGGAACGUUAUCUUAAGGUUAGCAAAACAUUGCUGGAACAUCAGCAUAAUGUUUCUGGAAC